UGUUAGAUUUUUAUCCCCUCCCAUUCACACUCAGCACAAAAAUGGCCGCCGUUCCUGUAUUCUCUGGCGUUCCUUCUCGAGCAGCUAGCGGAGGAGGGGGCGCGCUAGACGACUCAAGACUACAAGAAGAGAUCAAGCUCUAUGACAAUGCCCGCCAGAGAGAAGACUACGAUAACAGAGCCAACGUUUUCUCCCUAAUAAAGACAAUAGAGGCACUGGAAAAAGCCUACAUAAAAGAUGCAGUGACAUCAGAACAGUACACCACCUCGUGUAACAUACUCCUGGAUCAAUACAAAGCCGCUUUUAAGCUAAUAAAACCUUCGUUUGCUUCCGUUGAGACGUUUUCUCAGCGAUACAUGCUCCAUUGUCCAGCAGCAAUGGAGAGAAUCAAAGAGGGUCAUCCAAUCACCGUCAGAGACAAUAAGGGAAACAUGAGCAAGGCAAUAGCAGAGAUAGUCUCCCUCUUUAUCACCAUCAUGGAUAGACUGAGGCUAGAGAUACGGGCCAUGGACGAGCUUCAUCCUGACGUCAAGGAUCUUUUUGAGACCAUGUCACGCAUGGCGUCCCUUCCCGCUUCUUUUGAGGGACGGACAAAAGUCCGAAAGUGGCUUGACGAGAUGGCUAAUAUGCAGGCAAGUGAUGAGUUGUCCGAAGAUCAAGCUAGACAGAUGUUGUUUGAUUUUGAGAGUGCUUAUAACGACUUUAAUCGAUUUCUCUCCCAGUCUUGAUGUUAUGUCUAUUAUUAUACUGCACUGCGUUUCAUCAUGCCUUCUGCCUCGGAGUUAAUAAAUGUACUUGUUGUGUUUCUCUAAUAUUUUAAUAGUGGUUUGUGUUAGCUAGUACAUUUUAAUUAAUAUUUAUGAUAACUAGACACAUUAAUGUAGAAUUUCGAUGCUAGCUGGUCAUGUAGCUGAUGUAAACAGUGCUAUUAAAAGUUGCAGUUGCUGAGUUACUGUUGCCAUGAUACAGUUGCCUUUAAAAAUAGUUACUGUUCAAUUAAUUUCAUGAAUACUCUUAAUUACCGGUAA